AAAAAUAUAAGUAAAGCGAAGAGACAGCAGUGUGCCUUCAUUCAAAAUGAAGUUCUGUGUAAUUCUAAUUUUAUUCGUCUUCUUUGGAAUUUGCUGUAAAUUUACAACUGGUGAUCUGCCGCCAGAAAUAGAAAAAUGCCACGCUGGCGAUGUUGAUUGUAUUGCGAAAAUUCUGCCUUUUAUAUUCAAAAACUACACUCAUGGCAUCCCUGAAAUCGGCCUAACUGAUAUAGAAAAGUUAUCACUCAGCGAUGUUGUCAUAACAAAAGCAGAUCCAAAGUCGGCAGUGUCGCUUAAUCUUGAAUUUAAGAAAAUGUACCUCCAUGGCAUAAGCAAUUUGACCGUUCAACGAGUCAUUGGCUUCGAAAAGGAUCUACUCAAUUCGAAAUUCGAAGUGCAUGUGACAAUACCAAAUUUGGUAGUGGAUGGCGAGUACGUUUCUAGUGGUAAGGUUUUGGUGCUACCUAUGAACGCUGCUGGCUAUGCAAAUAUUCAACUAAAAAAUACCAAGCUUAGCUUGAAACUAAAGGCCGACGAACUAUGCAAAGAUGGCAAGCAGUAUAUGAAGCUAAAGGGCAUUAAGUGCAAGCUAACGCCAGAUCUAUUGCGUUUAAAUUUUGAAAAUCUCUUUAAUGGUAAUAAGCAACUAAGCGACUCUCUGAACCAGUUAAUCAAUGAGAAUUGGAAAACACUUUGGGCUGAUAUGGAAACGCAAGUAAAUGAGGCGGUAAUGAGGAUAGUGAAACGCCUGUUGGUGAAUAUAGUGAGCGUUCUGCCAUAUGAAGAUUUCUAUCGAAAGGACUGA